AUGACUCCAAACUGCAAACCAGAGGAAGAAAAAGGAAGGAUUUUUGAGAGGUACCCGUCUUUACUGACAGACUCUCAUGAGGCUCAUGAGCCUUCUCUUACAGACAUGGAAAUGCGGAGGAGCUGGGGAGCACGUUGGAGCAUCCAUAGCCCAGUCUUCACGUUUCUGCAGUAUUAUUUCAACGAGGAUGGAGAGCGUGUGUAUACGCUCAAGAAGGUUGACCCUCUGGGACAGCAGACCUGCUCAGUCCAUCCUGCUCGCUUCUCCCCCAACGACAAUUACUCGUGCCACCGCAUCACCAUCAAGAAGCACUUCAAGGUGUUCAUGACUCAGCAGCCACUUCCUGUGCUCUGA